AUGGUUACUCAAGGCCGUAAACGCAAGGCUGCCGUCCGUGACGAGCCUGCACUGCCUCCGCGCGAGGAGCUUGCAAAUGGCAACCUCGAAGGCAUCCUGUCCGAAGGCGACGACUCGGACGACAGUGAAGAGGUCGAAUUCGACGGAGAAGACGAGGAUGAGGAGGAUGAUGAUGAAGAUGAAGAGGAGGAGCUAGACAGCGACGAGAUUCCUUCCGAAGACGACGAGCAAGACAUCCGCGACCAACUCCGCAACCUCAAAACCACAGACUCGAAACGUUCCACCAUUGCUGGCGCCGACCAAGACGACGAAGACCUCAAGCCCAACUACACCGUCACCACCGAUGCAAACGGUAACGAGCGAUAUGUCUACCGCGAGAUUGACCCUGUCUACGACUCGGACGAUUCGGAUGCUGGUGACGCCAAAAACACAAUUGGAGACAUUCCUCUCUCCUUCUACGACUCAUACCCUCACAUUGGCUACGACAUUAACGGCAAGAAGAUUAUGCGCCCUGCCAAGGGUGAGGCUUUGGAUGCCCUUCUCGACAGCAUUGAGCUUCCUGAAGGCUGGACUGGUUUGACCGAUCCCCAGACUGGCAAGCCUCUGGAGCUUAGCAGAGAUGAGCUGGAAGUCCUGAGGAAGUUGACAAGAAACGAAGCCCCUGGCGAUGGCUACGACCCAUACCCCGACAUGGUUGAGUGGUUCACAAGCAAGACCGAGAUCAUGCCUCUGAGUGCCGCUCCUGAGCCCAAGAGAAGAUUCGUCCCUAGUAAACAUGAGGCCAAGCGUGUCAUGAAGAUCGUCAGAGCCAUCAGAGAAGGAAGAAUCAAGCCUUGGAAGGAACCCAGCGAGGAGGAACAAAAGGACGACGACGUGCAGACCUACGAUGUUUGGGCAGACGAGACACCCAGAGCUGACCACGCCAUGAACAUGCCUGCUCCUAAACUGCCGCCACCAGGAUAUGCCGAGUCCUACCAUCCCCCACCGGAGUACCUGCCCGACGCCCAGGAGAGAAAGGCCUGGGAGCAGGCUGAUGAGGAGGACCGCGAAAGAGAAUACCUGCCUACCGAUCAUUCUGCUCUCCGCAGAGUGCCUGGUUACGAAAAGUUCAUCAAGGAGAGAUUCGAGCGCUGUCUGGAUCUGUACCUCGCCCCCCGUGUUCGCCGGAGCAAGCUUAACAUUGAUCCCGAAUCGCUUCUCCCCAAGCUUCCAUCACCAGACGACCUCAGACCUUUCCCUACCGUUUGCGCGACUCUUUACAGAGGUCACCAAGGCCGUGUUCGCUGCGUCUCGGUCAGCCCCACUGGUACAUUGAUUGCCAGUGGUGGUGAUGACGGAACUGUCAGAGUUUGGGAACUGCUUUCUGGUCGUCAACUUUACAGCGUCAAGCUUUCUUCGGAGGAGGCCGUCAACGCUGUCAAGUGGAGACCCACUCGUGACACACUCAUCAUUGCCGCAGCUUGCGGUGAAACUGUCUACUUCAUCACACCCAUGUCUCUUUGCUCGCCUGAGAUCGAGCAAGCCAGCAAGGAUGUUAUUGACGCUGGAUUCGGAUACGCCGCCAAACCCGCUACGACUAACGCUGGUGCCGAGAGAAAGAUUCCCUCAUCUGUCUGGGCCAGACCAGAGUCACAGAAGCUGCAAGACCAGGGCGUUCUCCUUGCCUGCACCAUGCGUACCACUAUCAAGGUUAUCAACUGGCACCGCCGCGGUGACUACCUCAGCACAGUUUCGCCAGCAGCCACUUCUACUGCUGUAGCCAUUCACACCCUCACCAAGCACCUCACACAACAUCCUUUCCGCCGCUUGAAGGGCAUCGCUCAGACUUGUGCCUUCCAUCCUACCAAGCCUUUCUUCUUUGUUGCCACAAGACAGUCCAUUCGUCUUUACGAUCUUCAACAGCAGAAGCUCGACAAAGAGUUGAAGCCUGGUGCUCGAUGGAUCAGUUCCAUCGAUGUACACCCUGGAGGUGACAACUUGUUGGUCGGUUCCUACGACAGAAGACUGUUGUGGCACGAUAUGGAUCUCGCCGCUACACCAUACAAGACCCUGAGAUACCACCAGAAGGCUAUUAGAAGCGUGCGCUACCACCCCAACUCUGGACAAUACCCAUUGUUUGCAGAUGCUAGUGACGACGGUAGCUUGCAAGUGUUCCACGGCAAGGUUGUGGGUGACAGCUUGGAGAAUGCACUGAUUGUGCCUCUGAAGGUGCUGAAGGGCCACAAAGUCACGGGUGAACUUGGAGUGUUGGAUGUGGAAUGGCACCCUCGCGAGCCAUGGCUGGUCAGUGCAGGUGCCGAUGGAACCAUCAGGCUAUGGUGUUAG